AUGUGCACGUUAAGUCGACUCGCAAAACCGAGAUUUUCGGUGAGCUACGGGAAUAUAGCGAGCUACGACUUCAUGAUGUGGAUGCCAACAAAAGCUAAUCGAAGAUCGUCAGUUCUCGUCUAUUUGCGCAGAAUUUCCUGCCGAGGUCCGUCCGUGGCCAAUCGAAAUUCCAACAUCAGCGUUGUGUCCUCAAAUAUUGGACUUCUGCCGUCAUACCAAACGGCCACCUCCACUCCAACUCCUACGUCUGUGCUUUCAUCGUUUCCACCUCCACCGUAUGCAGAAACCCAGAGGCUUACCGACGAAACUGUCUGA